GUCUUGAUGCAGAACUUUAUUAUGUGAGAAAUGACCUCAUUAGUCAUUAUGCUCUAUCCUUUAACCUAUUAGUACCCACUGAGACAAACUUCCUGCACUUCACUUGGCAUGCGAAGUCCAAGGUUGAAUAUAAGCUGGGAUUUCAAAUAGACAAUUUUGUGGCUAUGGACCUGCCCCAAGUCAACAUUUCUGUUCAGGGGGAAGUUCCACGCACUUUAUCAGUGUUUCGGGUCGAGCUUUCCUGUACUGGCAAAGUAGAUUCUGAAGUUAUGAUAAUAAUGCAGCUCAAUUUGACAGUAAAUUCUUCAAAAAAUUUUACAGUCUUAAAUUUUAAACGAAGGAAAAUGUGCUACAAAAAACUUGAAGAAGUAAAAACUUCAGCCUUGGACAAAAACACUAGCAGAACUAUUUAUGAUCCUGUACAUGCAGCUCCAACCACUUCUACGCGUGUGUUUUAUAUCAGUGUAGGGGUUUGUUGUGCAGUAAUAUUUCUUGUAGCAAUAAUAUUAGCUGUUUUGCACCUUCAUAGUAUGAAAAGGAUUGAACUGGAUGACAGCAUCAGUGCCAGCAGUAGUUCCCAAGGGCUUUCGCAGCCAUCCACCCAGACAACUCAGUAUCUGAGAGCUGACACACCCAACAAUGCAACUCCUAUCACCAGUUAUCCUACCUUGCGGAUAGAGAAGAAUGACUUGAGAAGUGUCACACUUUUGGAGGCCAAAGCCAAGGUGAAGGAUAUAGCAAUAUCCAGGGAGAGGAUAACUCUAAAAGAUGUACUGCAAGAAGGUACUUUUGGGCGUAUUUUUCAUGGGAUUUUAGUAGAUGAAAAAGAUCCAAAUAAAGAAAAACAAGCAUUUGUGAAAACAGUUAAAGAUCAAGCUUCUGAAAUUCAGGUGACGAUGAUGCUUACUGAAAGUUGUAAGCUGCGAGGUCUUCAUCACAGAAAUCUUCUUCCUAUUAUUCAUGUGUGUAUAGAAGAAGGAGAAAAGCCCAUGGUGAUAUUGCCUUACAUGAAUUGGGGGAAUCUUAAAUUGUUUUUACGGCAGUGCAAAUUAGUAGAGGCCAAUAAUCCACAGGCAAUUUCUCAACAAGACCUGGUACACAUGGCUAUUCAGAUUGCCUGUGGAAUGAGCUACCUGGCCAGAAGGGAAGUCAUCCACAAAGACCUGGCUGCUAGGAACUGUGUCAUUGAUGACACCCUUCAAGUUAAGAUCACAGACAAUGCCCUCUCCAGAGACUUGUUCCCCAUGGAUUAUCACUGUCUGGGGGACAACGAAAACAGGCCAGUUCGGUGGAUGGCUCUUGAAAGUCUGGUUAAUAAUGAGUUCUCUAGUGCUAGUGAUGUGUGGGCAUUUGGAGUAACACUGUGGGAGCUCAUGACUCUGGGCCAGACGCCCUAUGUGGAUAUUGACCCCUUUGAGAUGGCUGCAUACCUGAAAGAUGGCUACCGAAUAGCCCAGCCAAUCAACUGUCCUGAUGAACUAUUUGCUGUGAUGGCCUGUUGCUGGGCUUUAGAUCCAGAGGAGAGGCCCAAGUUUCAGCAGCUGGUACAGUGUCUCACAGAGUUCCAUGCAGCCCUGGGAGCCUAUGUCUGACUUGUCCCACAGCAUCAGGAGGAAGGUGCCUGUCGGGGCUAACUUGGAGCCUGUCAUGGACACUUCAUAUAGCACACAACACCAGCAGAAGCACAUUUGUCUUCCAGAACACCGUGCCUUAGGAAUGCUUUAGAAUCUGAACUUAUUAAGACACUUAAUUAUGUGGAAUAUUUUCUAGAGAUAACUUUUAUUAGGUUUGAACUGAAAGGGUUUUUGUAAAUUUUUUGGCCAAAAUUUUUUUAAAACAUAGUUACUUUGGACUAGGGGUACGUUCUUACAAAAUAAACAGUUUUUGAAAUUGUUUAGACACAGAUAUUUGGAGUAGCUAUCUUAGUGCCAACUGCUUUAUAUUUUUUUACUUCAUCAAGGUAAUGUAGGUGGCUCACCUUUAAAGUUUUUUUAAUACAGUUUUUAUCACUACUCUUGGAAAUGGUUCGUCUUCAAGAUGCAAUACUUUUCUUAGGAAAGGAAGAACAGAUGAUAAGAUGUCUGGUUUGCCUUGUACAAGAAAAGGCAAUAUUGGAAGAAGAAAACUCAAAGCUAGGGGGAAAAUUUUUUUAAAAAUAAAAUACUUACUAGGAACAAACUGCCCCUACAUGGAAAAUUGAUUAAUUUGUAUUUUUCUCGUGAAAGAGAGUUCUGCUUUCUUAUUUUUGAAGAAGCAGUAGCUGAGUUCAUUAUAUCUUAAAUCUGGCAUAAAUUAGCUUUUCUGUGAGCUAGAAGUGGGUUUGGGGCAGAUCAGUAGUAAGUAAUGGCAAUCUUAUUUAUUUUUACUCUCUGGGAAAGGAGAUUAUACAGUUCCAGAAAGUGAAAUCAUGUUUCUAAGGUUAAUAUUCCCUUUUAUUGCACCUAGAAUAGUGCUAUGCACAGAGUGGGUGCUUGAGUUGUUGUGGUUUAAAAGAAAAUGUAAACUGGUAAAUUUUGUGCUUAUCUUCAAGGCUGGCUUAUGUAUAAAAUGGUUUUUUUUAAAACACUUGAAAAAUUAAAGGAUUUGUUUUAUAUUA